AUGGAAUCCGACAUAAGGAUCAACAAUGCUGCAGACAUCUCUGUUAUUGUCAUCUAUUUUUUGGUAGUCCUGGCAGUGGGACUAUGGGCUAUGUACUCAACCAACCGAGGGACAGUAGGUGGAUUUUUCCUGGCUGGACGAAGCAUGGUUUGGUGGCCGAUUGGUGCUUCUCUGUUUGCCAGCAAUAUUGGCAGUGGACAUUUUGUGGGAAUAGCGGGAACAGCAGCAGCUGGAGGAAUUGCCAUCGGAGGUUAUGAAUGGAAUGCUCUGAUACUUGUGGUUGUUCUAGGAUGGCUGUUUGUACCCAUCUACGUCAAAGCUGGGGUCGUGACAAUGCCAGAGUAUCUGAAGAAGCGUUUUGGUGGGAAACGGAUUCAGGUCUACCUAUCAGUCCUUUCUCUGAUCCUGUAUAUUUUCACAAAGAUCUCAGCAGACAUAUUCUCUGGAGCUGUAUUUAUACAGCUGGCCAUAGGACUGAAUCUUUAUUUGGCCAUAGUUAUUCUGCUUGCUAUUACUGCUCUUUACACCAUCACAGGUGGCCUUGCGGCUGUGAUUUACACAGACACCUUACAAACGUUUAUCAUGGUAGUGGGAUCCUUUAUUCUCAUGGGAUUUGCAUUUUCUGAAGUAGGAGGGUAUGAUGCUUUCAUGCAGAAGUACAUGGAAGCAAUUCCAUCCAAUACCUCCUAUGGGAAUACUACAAUUAAUGCAGCAUGCUACACUCCUCGAAAGGAUUCCUUCCACAUCUUCCGAGAUGCCGUCACUGGAGAUCUGCCGUGGCCAGGGCUCACCUUUGGUUUGAGCAUCAUUGCUUUGUGGUACUGGUGCACGGACCAG